AUGGGCGCAGAUGUACUUCUGAUUUGGCUUUUGGCCUGUCUCUUGAGUGCUUUUCAUGCCCUGGCCAACGCGCAAGCCGUCUUUGCCCACUUUAUGGUGGGCAACACGGCCAUGUACUCGGUGGCCGACUGGGAGGAUGACAUGGCAGAUGCAUCUGCCUCGCACAUCGAUGGCUUCGUGCUGAACAUGGCACGUGGCGAGACAACCAACGGGGCCUCCCUGGCUAACGCCUUUACGGCGGUGAGCAAUUUGGGGAAUGACUUCAAACUAUUCUUUAGCUUCGACUACGCCGGCAAUGGGCUCUGGGACAAAGCCGAUGUCAUUGCCCUCGUCAACACCUACGCGCCCCACGCGGCUUACUACAAGCGCGGAUCUCAACCCCUUGUCAGCACGUUUGAGGGCCCGGCAGCAUCGGCAGACUGGCCAGACAUCAAGUCGUCCCUCGGCGCAGGGCCGACCUGGGCAAAGGGCACAGCUGACGGGUUGUUGAGUUGGGCCGCGUGGCCAGAGGGUGCCAAGAGCAUGAUCACCUUUACGGAUAACUCGUACCGGGACGUUCUCGGCAGCGCCCCCUACAUGAUGCUCGUGUCGCCUUGGUUCUACACCAAUAUGCCUGGGUUUCGCAAGAACUGGCUCUGGCGUGGCGAUGAGCUGUGGUUUGACCGUUGGGUGCAUCCACCACACCACAUACGGCCGCUACGAAGCAACGCCUAUAACGCUUUUGAUGCCGCCCAUGGUCGAACUCCUCUGAACUAUGCGCUGAACAAACCCCACGACGGAUGGCGAGCCUUCGUACCAUUCCUCAUUGACAUGGCUAAGACCAACACCACGUCCUUCGACCAAGAGAAUGUGGUGGCCUGGUACCGUGAGCAGCCAGCCUCGGCAUGUGGAACCGGAGGGACGACAGGCAACACAGCCAGCGCACUGGCCCAAGAUCGCCUUUUCUAUGCAGCGCUUUUGGGGUCCCCGGCAACCGUCUCGGUUUCCAUCGGCGGCCAGGUCGUUGCGGGCAACCCCAUCACGACAUCCUGCCCAGGCGGCAUUACUAACUGGAACGCCAACGUCAUCAUCGGCCGCAACUAUGGGUACUGUCCGGCCAGCCUUUGCCAGAUAUAUCCCGCGGACCACACGUGCACAGCGCCAAAUCCCACGGCGCCUCCCGUUCCAGUGUGUGUCUCUGGCAUGACCGACGGCCCCUUCAGCGACUUGUGUAGCUUUUCCUGUCAUCACGGCUUCUGCCCACCUGAGAUCUGUACUUGUACACGCGCCGGGUUGUUUGGCCCGCUGGCUCCGGCACUAACAAAACUAUUGCUGCCCGAAGCCGGCCGCGCUCAAGGAAUGCCGCUGGUCGGACUGCGGAACAAACUGCAAGGAGGGUGA